AUCCCGCUCCUGCGCCCGCUCCAAGAUGGCGGCUCACACACUUUAUUUCCCACAUCAUCCUCCUCCUGCGCGGCGAAUUUAGCCUAAUCAAACUACAAUCCUGCUCUGUAAACCCGUGAAUGUCGACUGGAAACGUGUACACAGAUGAUCCGAGUGUCCCGGGCCGAAUACCGAAGCUUUCCCCCGAUGUUUCGUCGGUGUACGGAGCCUGGAUGUGUGUCGGUGUGACGGGGGCUGUGGGAUCCGAGCAUGGCCACCGAAAACCGGGUCAAUUUUUGGAGGAGAAACGCAAAGGUUCCCGGAAGUGUUCAGCCUGUGUACGGCGCGCAGCACCCUCCUCUCGACCCAAAGCUCAGACGCACAUAUCUGAAAGAAACAAAGCUGAAUUUGAACAAUGUGAAGACAAAGAAGGCGUCAAGUUUCCAUGAAUUUGCCCGAAGCACAAAUGAUGCCUGGGACAUGGACGACGAAGAGGAGGAGGAGUUUCUGCCUCUUCCUCAGUCACACGGCUCCCACAACCAGAUCCAGAGUCAGACCUCCGCAGACAGGCCCCUGCCGCUCUCUCUUCCUCAAGAGCAGAGAGCACCUCCUAGGGAGAACUGUGAACUCCACAACGGGACCAUGCUCCAGUCCAGCAGUGAACCAGACCUCCAGUCCUCGGACCUCAGCUCCACACAGAGGCCCCCCUGUCGCCCCAUCAUCCCUCUCGUCGCCAGGAUCUCAGAUCAGAAUGCUUCUGGAGCUCCACCCAUGACCAUCCGUGAGAAGAACCGCCUGGACAAGUUCAGAGCUCUGCUGUCUGCACCCAACACUGACCUGGAUGAACUUCGAAAGCACAGCUGGUCUGGGAUUCCCCGUGAAGUUCGCCCCAUCACCUGGAGACUGCUGUCUGGCUACCUCCCAGCCAACAGAGAGCGCCGUGAGCACGUCCUGCAGAGGAAACGUGAGGAAUACUUUGCUUUCAUAGAACAAUAUUACGACUCCAGAAGUGACGAACCGCACCGAGACACAUACCGACAGAUCCACAUUGACAUCCCAAGGACCAACCCUCUGAUCCCCUUAUUCCAGCAGCCGGCAGUACAAGAGGUGUUUGAGCGUAUCCUUUUCAUCUGGGCCAUUCGACACCCAGCUUCUGGGUACGUGCAGGGGAUCAACGACCUGGUCACGCCCUUCUUUGUGGUGUUUCUGUCAGAGUUUGUGGAGAAAGACAUGGAGAACUUUAACGUGGCAGCUCUUCCUGUAGAAACUCAGAGGAACAUCGAGGCCGACAGCUUCUGGUGCAUGAGCAAGCUGCUGGAUGGGAUACAGGAUAACUACACAUUUGCUCAGCCGGGAAUUCAGAACAAAGUGAAAGCGUUGGAGGAGCUCAUCAGCAGAAUCGAUGAGGACGUCCACGUGCACUUCCGUCGGUACGAGGUGGAGUAUUUACAGUUUGCGUUUCGUUGGAUGAAUAAUCUUCUGAUGAGAGAGCUGCCUCUGCGGUGCACCAUACGGCUCUGGGACACUUAUCAGGCUGAGUCUGAGGGCUUCUCUCAUUUCCACCUGUAUGUCUGUGCUGCGUUUCUCAUCAAGUGGAGGAAGGAAAUCCUGUCCAUUGCAGACUUCCAGGGUCUUCUGAUGCUGCUGCAGAACCUUCCCACAAUCCACUGGGGCAAUGAGGAAGUGGGUCUCCUAUUGGCUGAGGCCUACAGACUGAAAUACAUGUUUGCAGACGCUCCGAGCCACUAUAAGAGAUGAGCAUAUCUGGACUCAUAGCUACAGUCAUUCACCAGUAUUUGAAAUCUAACAGAAGAGAGCCAGAAACCACAACCCAAAACAUGCACAAGAAUCCGCCAGUUAGACACUGCAAGUUUAAAGCAUGGGUCAAAUACAGGUUUGACCCAGAGACUGAAGGAUGGUUCAAAUGCAGAGGACAUAUUUGCCUACAGGGACAAUGAAGCAAAAAUGUAAGUUGCUAAAGCACAACCUUAAAGUGCAUGACAGGUUCUCAUGUUUUUAUCAUUCUAGCUUGGUUUUGGUGAGAUAGUAACUGUGGUCAAUAUUUAUCAUAGUUUUACAUCAGUUAAGUGAUAGGUUGUGGAAAAAAAUUUGAAAAGAAAAGUACAAAGAUAGUGCUGUUGGUACUAAAACAGAAACCACAUCAACAUGGAAAAUGCAGAGACAAUUUUUGCAUCAGGAAGGCAUUUUUAUGACCAUUUAAACAUCAUUUAACAAAAUAAAGGUUGCAAUUUAUUUUUAUUAGCAUAAUCAUAACGAUUGUGCAAUUUAGAAAGGUUUUGGACCUUGUUGACAUUUUUGUUGCAAGGUAACAGCUCAAAAAUAUAAUGUUACCUAUGUUUUGGUGAAAUGUGUAAUGUAACCUGUCAUAUGCACUUUACAUAUAAAAUACAAAUGCGCAGAUAAACAACAUAGAAAUUCUGCAAAAAGAUUCUAAUAUUAAGAUAAUGGAUCACAACACUGUGCAGGAACCUGUUCAUUAUCCCAUUUCAUUUUCAACUAGAUUAUAAGAUUUAUAAGAGCAAAAAAAAAACCUCAAAUUGAAAUGCUACAUACUGAUCUUUAUAACUGCAAAGUUCUAACCACAUUUUGCAGCAUUUUCAGGUUGUAACCUGGUUGACCUGUAGCUGCUUUGCUACAAGUGAGAACUUUUAAACUUGGAUAUUUGGAUUUUCAAAAAGACUCUAAACCUUUACACAGCAAAUACCAGCUAAGAAAAUGGUCAACAUUCCAAGUACUGCCAAGUAGGGUUGUCAAAAUAUAAAAAAUCGGAUACAGUACUAAUCAAUACUAAAAGUUAUUCAGAACUGGAUACUCAUUUGAGCAGGUAUCAAUACUAACAGUCAUAUUCACAAUAAUCUUUAACUGAGUCAAGUGUAAGAGCACAUACAGUCCCUGACAAAAGUCUUGUUGUUUAUCCAUUUUGUAGAAACAAAAGCUUAUAACAUGACUUUAAAUUAAUCGAUUGAUU